GUACAUGAAGUCGGAGCGCGGCGGAGUGAGGAUAGCGCGUCGUUAAUGUUUAUGCCUUUUCCCUCUGGUUUCCAAAGUUAAUAGUAGUGGAAAGGGGGCUGGUGUGUCGGUGUAUGAGGGAGGGGGCUGUGUGGUCGUGGCAGAGCUUUGAAGAUCAGUCAUCAGAGCGCAGGGGCCCGGGGACGGAGACAGAGCAGCCAGUCAAAAUGCUCGUAUGUGGCGAGCGGAGCUGAAAAAUCUGCGCGCAAGUGGAUAAAAAGAGAAAAGUGGGGUCCGGAUGGAGCUUUAAAAUAACAGGAAUAUUACAUGCUGGGUGUUUUCUCUUAAAUGGAUUACCAAAGGAAUAUGACAUUGAGUCGGACUGCCCUAUUCAUGAGUGAAUUCGGACACACAAGGUAACAUCUCCACUAGAGUGAAACAGGAAGUGUCGUCUGUGAGCAGCCAUGGGCCAGAGAGCUGCGCUUCUGCUCAGUGAGCUGCUGCUGCUGCUGCUGACAGCCUCACGCACUCUCCUCGCAGUCAGCUUCCCUGAGGACACCGUACCCCUCGAUGUCGUUGACGCACACUAUUCACGGAGGUACCCUGUGUUCAGAGGCAGGCCCUCUGGCAACGAGUCACAGCAUCGCCUUGACUUUCAGCUGAUGACCAAGAUACAGGACACUCUGUUCAUUGCUGGCAGAGAUCAGGUGUACCUGGUCAGUCUGAGAGAAUCCUACAGGAAUGAGAUCAUUCCUUACCGGAAGCUAACAUGGCGAUCGGGCCAAUCUGACAGAGACAUGUGUGCUGUCAAGGGAAAACACAGGGACGAGUGCCACAAUUUCAUCAAAGUGCUUGUUCCCAGAAACGAUGACCUUGUGUUCAUCUGCGGUACCAACGGCUUCAACCCCAUGUGCAGAUACUACAGGCUGGAUAACCUCGAGUUUGAUGGGGAGGAGAUCAAUGGACUGGCACGAUGCCCAUUUGACUCCAAGCAAACCAACGUUGCCCUUUUCGCUGAGGGGAAGCUGUAUUCGGCAACUGUAGCUGACUUCCAGGCCAGUGAUUCUGUCAUCUAUCGCAGUAUGGGUGAUGGAUCAGCCCUGAGGACCAUCAAAUAUGACUCCAAAUGGCUGAAAGAACCUCAUUUCCUGCAUGCAGCAGAGUAUGGGAAUUAUGUGUACUUUUUCUACCGAGAGAUUGCAGUGGAGCACAGCAAUCUGGGCAAGGUUGUGUAUUCUCGUGUUGCCCGUAUCUGUAAGAAUGACGUUGGGGGUUCGCAGCGGGUGCUGGAGAAGCACUGGACAUCUUUUGUGAAGGCGAGGCUGAAUUGCUCAGUGCCGGGGGAGUCCUUCUUCUACUUCGAUGUGCUCCAGUCCAUCACUGACAUCAUCAACAUCAACGGAGUUCCCUCUGUGGUGGGUGUGUUCACCACACAGAUGAACAGCAUCCCAGGGUCAGCAGUGUGUGCCUUCUCCAUGGCGGACAUAGAGAAAGUUUUCUGGGGUCGGUUCAAAGAGCAGAAGACUCCUGACUCUGUGUGGACUCCAUUUCCAGAGGAGAAGCUGCCCAAACCUCGACCCGGGUGCUGUGCAGGUCAUGGUCCAGCUGCGUCCUUAAAGAGCUCCAUCGAGUUCCCGGACGAAACCCUGCAGUUCAUCAAGUCCCACCCCCUGAUGGACACAGCUGUGCCUUCUAUUGGGGAUGAGCCUUGGUUCACCAAGACUCGCGUCAGGUACAGACUGACAGCGCUGGCUGUGGACAAUGAAGCAGGACCUCACAAGAACUACACAGUGGUGUUCAUCGGGGCCGAGUCGGGGGUUGUCCUCAAGGUUUUGGCCAAGACUUCCACCGUGUCUCUGAAUGACAGCCUGCUUCUGGAGGAGAUUGAUGUCUUCAACAGGGCCAAGUGUCUGUCUAACCGUGAGGACGACAAGCGUGUCCUCUCGCUGCACGUGGACAAAGACGCCCACAGCCUGUAUGUCGCCUUUUCAAGCUGCGUCAUCCGUAUUCCCCUGAGUCGCUGUGAAAGGCAUUCUUCCUGCCACAAGUCCUGCAUUGCAUCAAGGGACCCCUACUGUGGCUGGAAGCCUCACGGGGCCUGUGAGAGGAUACAGCCUGGCGUUUUGACUGGAUAUGAGCAGGAUGUUGAAUUUGGUAACACCGCCCACCUGGGGGACUGUCACGCGAUUUUGGGCACUACAUCAGCGCCAGAUUACAAAUCAUUUGGCGACCCUACCUCUGACAUGGAGUAUUCAUCAGCGCCAGUCACUGUCCACCCCAGUGGGCCCAUACACCCCCCAGUACUCAUACCCACUCAGAGCCCCAGCUCUGGGCCUGGUCCAGAGCUCUACGGCUCAGGCUUUGUGCUGCAGGAUGACCCAGCCACCUCCCAUUCUUUAGACUCUAUCCCAGGGGGCCAAGAGGGUGUAUGGGAUAUCCAAGCAGGUGAGACCAACCAGAUGGUCCACAUGAACAUCCUCAUCACCUGCGUGUUUGCUGCUUUUCUCAUGGGUGCUCUACUGGCUGGUCUGAUUGUUUUCUGCUAUCGAGACUCAUUCCUCCGUAAGCCGAGGCAUGUCCACAAGGAUGCAGAGUCGGCACCGUCCUGCUCCGACUCCACUGGAAGCUUUGUCAAGCUCAACGGCCUCUUUGACAGCCCUGUAAAGGAGUACCAAACCAACAUUGAUACACCCAAGCUGUACACCAAUCUACUGAGCAACAGCAAAGACCUGAAUUCACCUAACGGAGACACCAAGACCAUGAUCCUGCGGGAUGGCUGUCAGCCCCCAGAGCUGGCUGCCCUGCCUACACCUGAGUCCACCCCUGUGCUUCAGCAGAAAAGCCUGCAGCCCAUCAAAAACCAGUGGGAGAGGGCUCACGGGAAGGCCAGCGGGCCUCGCAAGGAGUCCAACUCAUCAGCCAAGAGUCCUCAGUUCCUUCCAUCUUCCCCUGCCCCUCCUAACCCCAACCACCCUCACCUCGCCUUGGGACACUCCCACAUCCCCAGUGCAGUUGUCCUGCCCAAUGCCACACAUGACCACCCUAACCUUGACAAUGGAGAUGAUACACUACCACAUUCGUCUGACAGGAAACUGAAGAACCCAGAUUCUAAGGGAAGUAGGAAAGACCAGAAAAGGUCUGUGGAUGCCAGAAAUACCCUAAAUGAUCUUUUAAAACACCUAAAUGACUCAGUGGCGAACCCCAAGGCCAUUCUUCAAGAAGGAUCAGGGCCUCGCCCAAGGCAGCAGCUCACACUGGAGCCCAUGGAGGAACUGACUGAAUUACCCCCCAAGGUGCCCAGCCGUGAGGCUUCUCUGUACUCUCCCUCCACCUCCCUGCCAAGGCACAGCCCCACCAAGAGGGUUGAUGUGCCCAUGCCCACUACUCCCACAACACCAACGGGGAGCAUGGGGGGCACCCUGGAGAGGCAAAGAGGGGCAUAUCAACUCCACCGGAGUGCCUCUCACAGGCACUCCUUAUCCACCUCACCAAAUGGGGUAACCAUGGGGGUGUCUGUGUCUCGCCAGCACAGUAUGAACAGAGGGGGUUACAUGCCCCCAACACCCCCCUCCAGACUUGACUCCCAAGGCGGAGUGAUGGGGGCAGGAAUGCACUCAGCCCACCCAUCCUCCGUAUCCCGACAGAGCAGCUACAGUGGAUAUGGCUCACUCCCUCGCACAGGGCUUAAACGGACCCCAUCGCUAAAGCCAGAUGUGCCCCCUAAACCCAAUGGGUUUUCACCACAGACUCCACAGAUGCGAGUGGUCAAUAAGUACAGUUAUUAAAAGAGCAUGGACACUUUGGAGUGAGCUCUUGGCCUUGACUGUAGAGCUUUGAGCCCUGAGGGCUUGGGGGGGCUAUGGAUGGGGUCGGGCCUAGCGUGUGUUUGUGUAUCAACUUGAGGUGUGUUCCCCCUUUAAACAAUAUGCACAUUCACUCACACUAAAAAGGGAAAAUCACACAUGUGGCCAAAGAUACUCCUUGGGACUUUUUUGCUCCCUACGUCUCCAUCUCCCUCCCUUGUCACGGUAGCCACAGGAUAUGAACAGUGGACAGUGGUGAAUCUGCUGCUCCCCAUUGUAUCUGGGCUUGGGUGUCGCCCGUUCCCUUAUUAGGUACGAGGUUUAGGACACCAGCCGGGGCCGCUACGGCGUCUGUGCUUGUGGUGCCAGAUUAAAAACAGUGGAAUACUUGAAGAAUGGGUCUCAUUUGUCACUGCCCUUGAGCACUGUUUUCCCACUAAUGUGAACUGAACAAAGAGGAGAGGUAGGCCAUGCCUUUGUUAAUGAGAUGGCUGGGGGCAGAGGAGAGGAAACUCAAAAUCAUAAGUGUGCGUGUUGCUUAAGAUACAUAUGACCGCUGACGUCUGAAUCAAGCAGCAAGCAAACAGAGAAAAAGAGUGCAAAUGUGUGCGUGUGUGUUGGUUGAUAGGAAAGCAGAUUUGUGUAAAGGCAGUACACGUUAGGCCUUCACACUUGUUUAUCAAGAGUGGUGCUACAUGUCAGAGGAUGCACCUUAAGACCUGUCUAAGACCUAAGUCACCGUCUCUCAUUUCAAUAUUAUUGCUUGUUUGAACCCAUCUGAACCAUGUCAAAACCAUAUUUUUUUUGUCACUCUGUAGUGUUUUUGAUUACUAGGUUAGGCUGAGGUGUGGUUGGUCAUGCUGGGUGUAUACUGGGACAUGAACUCUUUAACUCACUGGGAAAUUUUACUUACAUUUGCUGCUAUUGGUUUUAGACAUAGGCGUUUGUCUUUGAUGCAUUUAUUUUUCAACCAGACUGGGAUAGCCCUUCAUAUGGGUGUGCACAUCUGCUUGUGUGUGUGUGUGUGUGUGUGUGUGUGUGUGUGUGUGUGUGUGUGUGUGUGUGUGUGUGUUAUGGUGCAGACAGAGGCCAAGAAGUACAAGUUAAAGCAACCAAACGCACUGUUAAAUGGGGAAAAAUGCUUCUCUCCAGGACUGAAUCUCCCCUUACCUCCACUGCCCCUUUGUAGGAAUUAUACUGGUGGUCCAAGAGACUUCUUUCUUUAUGUAGCAAUGGUAUUAAGAAAAAACAUACAUUUCUCAUCUCAUUCUAUAAAUGAAUUUUGAACAAAAAUGAUUUGCCUUUAUGAUGUUUUACUGUGUUAUUUAAAGAAUUUACCAUAUGAAACUAAAGCAACACCAAUGGUUUAGCCCAUGUAUAUGAAUACAACAUUUCAGGGCACUUCUGUUCCGUUAAACUUGUGUGUCCCCUAAUAAAGCAAACACUAGACUUUUCCUUCUACAUUAAUCCUAUUAAAAGGUAUAUUAAAACUGACCCUAGAACAAUACAUGGAUGUAACACCUCUGUCAUCUGCCGUGUUGGUUCUGCAGCCCGUGUUCCCUGUGCAGCUUCCCCUGCGAGUGGCCAGUGUACAAUCAACACAACAAUUUACCAAUGUGUCCAAAUGAGUCAUGCUGGGAAUGACAAGAUCCUGUAUAUACUUAAAUACUAUAAAUAAGGAGUAUAAAUAUUUUUAGGCAAGUGAACCUGAAUCUGUGCAUUGUGUGCCUUAUUCACAAAAUGAAAUAUAUUGGCUAUGUCAAUUGGUCCUCUGUAUGUUAUUGUCAUAUACUAUAUAAACAAUUUUUUUUAUACAAGCAAUUUGAAAAUCAGCAGGAUGUGUUGGAAAAUCACUACCUAAUCCAAACUGAGGUGAAAGAAAUUGACUGACAGACACUGACAGACAUUCCACUUGUGAAUGCUAGUCGUACAAAAAGGACAGUAGGAAAAAAAACAUUUAUUUGGAGUUUGAAUCAAUUUUUCUGCUUUACUGCCGGUGUUGAAAAGAAUGGUGUUAAUCCACCACAUAGAGGUGCCAUGCAGUGAAUGUAUUUUCUUGACAGUGGGAUGUAGGGUGGUUAGACCUUGCACUGUGGAGCAGUCGGCUCAACGCAGCACAUCCUGCCCACAGCCAAUGUAUUAACACAGUGUUCACAUGAAAGCCGUCUGUUGGCAUGGGCGGUGGUCACACACAGUCCGUAAUUCCCCGGGAUUGCAGUGGCAGGAGUUGUUUCUAUUGGCCAGCGGUGACGUCUGAGGGAUCAUUUCUCUUGGGUACAUUAUUUGGGUGACAUCUGCAAUCCUAUCCAAGUGUCAGUUGCCUGUUUAGCCCAAAGCCACAUUUUGUUUACAAGUGAUGAUUGUAUGUAAAGACUUUCUGCCUGUCAUCUAACCAGUGUUUGGGCUCUCUUUUCUACUCGACACAUGCACACUGACAUCGCAGACAUACACUCAACAUACACUGCUCAACUGCCUUGUACAUUGCAAUAUGAACUGGGUCUUUCUGUUGCAAUCUAGAUUGAAGCCUUUAUAUUUCAGUCUGAGCUCCGUGUAUGUGCAGAUGAACCAGAUUUUGUCAUGUAAUUUUGAUUUAAAUACUGUGCGACAUGGCGAUGCCAGGCCAGCUGUAUAUAUGAUCUCCAGAGUAUUUGAGCGUGUAGAUAUGUUGUAAAGUUGUACUGUGAAUGUGUAAAUAAUAAUGAUGGUCUUUGUUUCAUGAUAUUUUUUGUUGAUUUUUUUAACACGGCAUGUAUAGUUGAAAUAAAACAUUAUGGCACAGAAA